GCUCAUCGCCAUCCUCACUUCGUCAUCCUAUCAAAGAUCCAUCCAUCUUUGAAGAAACAACGUUUCUUUUCUAUUCCACAUUCUCCUUAUAUCACAUAGGUUGCAGGCAGUUCAACGGUCGCGCCUCGAGUGAUCAUGGGAGCGAAUCAAUCGAAUCUUGGCGGUCCUCCCGGAGGUGACGGCAAAGACAAGAACAACCAGAAGAAGGAUAAGCCUAAGUAUGAGCCUCCGCCGCAGCCGACUACCCGUGUAGGUAGAAAGAAGAGAAAGCAGGCUGGACCGAAUGCUUCGGCCAAACUUCCGUCCGUCUACCCAACUGCACGAUGCCGACUGCGGUUGCUGCGCAUGCAGCGUGUCCACGACCACCUACUUUUGGAGGAGGAGUACGUUGAGAACCAGGAAAGAAUCCGCAAGGCAAAGACACAGCAAAACAAUGCGCCCUCAACUGCUGGCGGCGAGCUUGAUGCUCUAGACCGAAAUGCAGACGAAAGGGGUCGGGUCGACGACAUGCGCGGCAGUCCAAUGGGUGUCGGCACCUUGGAAGAGAUGAUUGAUGAUGAUCACGCCAUUGUCUCGAGCGCUACUGGCCCUGAAUACUACGUGUCAAUCAUGUCCUUUGUCGACAAGGACCUUCUCGAGCCGGGUGCAAGCAUCCUAUUACAUCACAAGUCCGUCUCCGUUGUUGGUGUCCUGACCGACGAUGCCGACCCAAUGGUGUCAGUCAUGAAGCUGGAUAAAGCACCUUCAGAGUCAUACGCAGACAUUGGUGGAUUGGAGCAACAGAUUCAGGAAGUCAGAGAAGCAGUCGAGCUGCCUCUCCUGCAUCCCGAGUUGUACGAAGAGAUGGGUAUCAAACCGCCCAAGGGUGUCAUUCUGUACGGUGGUCCUGGAACAGGCAAGACUCUACUGGCCAAGGCCGUUGCCAACCAGACCAGUGCAACUUUCCUUCGAAUUGUCGGCAGUGAGCUGAUCCAGAAAUACUUGGGUGAUGGACCUCGGCUUGUGCGACAAAUCUUCCAAGUUGCCGCUGAGCACGCUCCCUCGAUUAUCUUCAUCGACGAGAUUGAUGCCAUCGGUACGAAACGUUACGAGUCCACUUCUGGAGGCGAGCGCGAGAUUCAGCGAACUAUGCUCGAGCUUCUUAACCAGCUCGAUGGUUUCGAUGACCGCGGAGAUAUCAAGGUGAUCAUGGCCACCAACAAGAUUGAGACCCUUGACCCUGCCUUGAUUCGUCCUGGUCGUAUCGACCGAAAGAUUCUCUUUGAGAACCCGGACCAGAACACCAAGCGCAAGAUUUUCACAUUGCACACCUCGAAGAUGUCUCUCGGCGAUGAUGUCGACUUGGAGGAGUUUAUCGCACAAAAGGAUGACCUGUCGGGUGCCGAUAUCAAGGCCAUCUGUUCCGAGGCCGGUCUGAUGGCCCUGCGCGAGCGGAGAAUGAGGGUGCAGAUGGCAGACUUCAGGACUGCUCGCGAGAGAGUCAUGAAGACGAAGAGCGAAGGCGAACCCGAGGGCUUGUAUCUCUAAGUUAUGGCGAUGCGCAGUUAAUCAUGAAUCUUGUUACAAUUGUUCAGCGGCUAGGUAUUGCGCGGAAUUUGUUUUAGACACUUUGUACAACUUCAAUUGCAUCCUUGAUCUUGUAUGACUUUCUUCUAUCGUGCCAAUGUUGAUGCAUGUUGCUCAUCUCGUGGUUUCUGGGUUUGUAAUCACAUCAUUCCCAGGUCUGAUGAUUGGUGUCACAAAACACUGCUUAAUGUUUCGCCCCUGUGGAAAUUAUCCAAAAAAUAAUAAUAUUGAAUCAUAGAAUGCGGUAAAUAUGCGUAAAAUGGUCUAUGUACAUGUCAUAACUUUAUGAAAUCGCUGAAACAGAGG